UUUCCAUGGUAACGGUAAACAGCCCCCAGCAACCAUCGCCACCAUCACCGCCGUCGCCAAGGCUACCAGCGGCAUGAUCCCCCCGGCCGAUUCGCUGCUCAAAUAUGACACCCCGGUCCUGGUGAGCAGGAACACGGAGAAGAGGAGCACUAAGGCCCGGCCACUUAAAGGCAGUCCUCAGCAACCCGUGGCUGCGGGGCCCGUCCCCGCUCCGCCCAAACCCAAGAGCCCUUCUGCCUCAGUGGACCCAACGAAGCAGGCAGAAGAAAUCUUGAACUCCAUCCUACCCCCGAGGGAAUGGGUGGAGGACACGCAGCUGUGGAUCCAGCAGGUGUCCAGUACACCCAGCACGCGGAUGGACGUGGUCCACCUGCAGGAGCAGCUGGAUCUGAAACUGCAGCAGCGCCAGGCCCGGGAGACUGGCAUCUGCCCCGUGCGCCGGGACCUCUACUCGCAGUGCUUCGACGAACUGAUCCGGGAGAUCACGAUCAACUGCGCGGAGCGGGGGCUCCUGCUGCUCCGCGUCCGCGACGAGAUCCGCAUGACCAUCGCCGCCUAUCAGACCCUGUACGAGAGCAGCGUGGCCUUCGGCAUGAGGAAGGCCCUCCAGGCCGAGCAGGGCAAGGCCGACAUGGAGAAGAAAAUUGCAGAUUUAGAGUCCGAAAAGAAGGAUCUGGAAAGGCAGGUGAACGAGCAGAAGGCCAAGUGUGAGGCCACGGAGAAACGGGAGAGCGAGAGGCGCCUGGCGGAGGAGAGGAAGCACGCCGAAGAGAUCCAGUUCCUCAAGCGGACCAACCAACAGCUGAAGGCCCAACUGGAAGGCAUUAUCGCACCCAAGAAGUGAAAAUUUCCACACGGGCUUCUCUGCAACAAUCACACCCUUGAAGACUGUCCCCCAAUGAUAAAAAGAAAAUAUCUACCCGCCAUCCUCCCCACCUAGUCAGAACCCACACCCUUGAUGCCCUCAAAUCUCCCCCUGUGCCCGAACACUCAGAAAAACCUGGAGAUUCGGCAGCGACUAAUGGAAACCAGCGUUUUCUGCACUUUUCUGACUGGAAUUUGUUCGAGUUUGUUGGUCUUUUUUUUUUUUUUUUAGGCCCGGAACAGACGAGGCACGGGGCGAGUUGGUCCCAAUUCUGGUUUGGCACCAAAAGGGCCGCUAGUCUCCGAGGCGCGGCUGAUGUGCCCCCUCGCCCUCCCUCGGUCCGAUUCCAGGCAGCGCAGGGGUCUCUCCCCACAGCAAUCACUGUUAGUCUUGUGUUUUUAUUAAAUCUUGCUCAAACAAACAAAAAAAAAGCGCAUUUCCCGCCAUCCAGCGUCCCCUGAUGCAGCAUCUUUCGCUUCUCACCAAAUUGGAAAAAGGCCUGACGCCCGUCCCCACUAGCUCCUGUGGAAAUUCCCAUGAAGUAACGCUCCACGGGGCAGCAGGGAAAAAAAUCGGAUGUUUUGAGGCCCGGGCACCCCACCUCGGGCCAGUGACGGGGUCUCUGCCUGACUUUCUCCACCUUAAUUAAUAAUAAUUAAUUACUUCCCGGAUGCCCACCUACUCUGCCGUGCUACAGGACCCCAAAUCCUAAAGCCUGCAGCUACUUUAGCAAUAAGACCCUACGUUAUUCCUCUAGACGCUAAACCCCAGGGAAUUCUUCUGGCAAGGCACCCGGAGGUAACCGCCCCCAGCAUAGCUACUUUACAUGACGUGGCGAGUUUGAAGGUAAUUUUUUAGUUGUUUCCAGUAAAACAAAAAUAUUUUGGAGAAAUAAA